CCAGCGAUCGCCUCGAUUUAAAACGAUUCGCGCAGUGAAAAACAUUAAUGUUUUUCUAAUUGUGUUUUUUCUUUUUUUUGUAUUUUGGAUUUUUUUAAAUCUAAAAUUUAUUUUAGCUUAUUCCGUUUUUUUUUAAAGGAGACUAAGAACUCGUGAAGGUAAAAAUGUAUAAGGCGAGAACAAUAUUUCGCACGCUGGCCCCUUUGGCGCCGCGUGUAUGCGGUCCCGAAAGAUACGCGUCCUGGGUGGUUCGCAGUCAUCCGUUAACCAGGACGAGUCAAGUGAUCUUCACUGAACCCACGCGCAAGUACAACAGCCGUGCUGCGACCGAACCCUUCUUAAAUGGCAGCACUAGCUCUUACGUGGAGGAAAUGUACAAUGCGUGGCUGCAAGAUCCAAGCAGCGUACACGUGUCAUGGGAUUCCUUCUUUCGAAACAGCACUGCUGGAGCUGCACCAGGAUUCGCGUAUCAAGCACCGCCAUCCCUCGCUCCAAGCUACAAUCAAGUACCACUUGGAGCGUUGUUGCCCCUCGGUGGCGGGACGCAACUCGGUCAGAUGCCCGUGAACGAAAAGAUCAUUGAUGAUCAUCUAGCGGUGCAAGCUAUUAUCCGCUCUUAUCAGAUUCGUGGCCAUCAUAUCGCUAAAUUGGACCCACUUGGCAUCAACAGCGCUGAUCUUGAUGAUAGGCAUCCUCAAGAAUUACUCUAUACCCAUUAUUCAUUCGGGAAGAGACCACGCACUACUUUCUCGCAGGAAUUCCAAUACCAAGUAGCUGUUCUAAUGCAAAAGGAGUCAGACAUGGAUCGCGUUUUCAAAUUGCCUUCCACCACAUUUAUCGGCGGCAAGGAAAAAUCAUUACCUCUACGCGAGAUCUUGAAGCGACUUGAAUCCGCUUACUGCGGCCAUAUCGGUGUUGAGUUUAUGUUUAUCAACUCCUUGGAACAAUGCAACUGGAUCAGGCAAAAGAUGGAGACACCCGGCGUCAUGGAAGUGACAAACGACGAGAAGAGGCUCAUCUUGGCUAGAUUGACGCGCGCCACCUGGUUCGAGGCGUUCUUGGCGCGCAAAUGGUCUUCGGAGAAGAGAUUCGGUUUGGAGGGCUGCGAAAUUCUGAUUCCAGCCAUGAAACAAGUAAUCGAUAAGUCCACGGAAUUGGGAGUAGAAUCGAUUGUCAUGGGUAUGCCUCAUCGUGGUCGUCUCAAUGUUCUCGCUAAUGUCUGUCGCAAGCCAUUGAGCCAAAUAUUUACGCAAUUCGCUGCUCUCGAAGCUGCCGAUGAUGGCUCUGGCGAUGUGAAAUAUCACUUGGGUACGUACAUCGAGCGUCUUAAUCGUGUAACGAACAAGAACAUUCGACUCGCCGUGGUUGCAAACCCAUCGCACUUGGAGGCUGUAGAUCCAGUGGUUCAAGGCAAAACGCGCGCCGAGCAGUUCUACCGCGGCGACGGCGAAGGCAAAAAAGUAAUGUCCAUUCUUCUUCACGGAGACGCUGCGUUCUGCGGUCAGGGUAUUGUCUUCGAAACAAUGCAUCUGUCUGACCUGCCUGAUUACACCACUCAUGGUACUAUCCACAUUGUCGUGAAUAAUCAAAUUGGGUUUACCACAGACCCAAGGCAUUCGCGAUCAUCGCCGUACUGCACAGAUGUGGCUCGAGUGGUGAACGCACCCAUCUUCCACGUGAACUCCGACGAUCCCGAAGCUGUGAUGCACGUGUGCAAAGUAGCGGCGGAAUGGAGGGCCACCUUCCACAAGGACGUCGUGAUCGACUUGGUUUCCUACAGACGCAAUGGACACAAUGAAAUUGAUGAACCGAUGUUCACACAGCCUCUGAUGUACCGCAAGAUUAAGAAUACGCCGCCAGCUCUCGAUAAGUAUGCGAACUCUCUCAUUGCUGACGGCGUCGUAACGCCCGAGGAAGUUAAGGAUGUCAAAGAUAAAUACGAAAAGAUCUGCGAAGAAGCGUAUAACAAUGCCAGACAGGAGACACACAUUAAGUACAAGGACUGGUUGGACUCUCCGUGGUCUGGUUUCUUCGAAGGUAAGGAUCCAUUGAAGGUAUCACCAACUGGUAUCAAGGAAGAUACACUUGUGCACAUUGGAAAGAAAUUGUCAUCGCCACCACCGAAUGCUGCUGAAUUUGUCAUUCAUAAGGGUAUUGAACGUAUCUUGAAAUCUCGCAUGGAAAUGAUCGAGGCCAGAACCGUUGAUUGGGCUCUCGGCGAAGCUAUGGCUUUCGGAUCUCUCCUAAAGGAAGGUAUCCACGUUCGUUUAUCUGGUCAGGACGUUGAGCGAGGCACAUUCUCGCAUAGGCAUCACGUGUUGCAUCAUCAAACUGUUGAUAAGGCGACCUACAGACCACUUUGCUAUCUGUAUCCUGAUCAGGCACCUUAUACAGUAUGCAACAGCUCUUUGUCUGAAUUUGGUGUACUCGGAUUUGAACUGGGCUACUCCAUGACAAAUCCGAAUGCUUUAGUGUGCUGGGAAGCUCAGUUUGGAGAUUUCAACAAUACAGCGCAAUGUAUAAUCGAUCAAUUCAUCAGCAGCGGUCAAACUAAGUGGGUUAGGCAAUCCGGUCUCGUCAUGUUGCAGCCUCACGGUCUCGAAGGAAUGGGUCCCGAGCACUCCAGUGCCCGCCUCGAGCGUUUCCUACAGAUGUCCGCUGACGAUCCGGAUUACUUCCCCCCUGAAAGUGAAGAGUUCGCAGUUCGCCAAUUACACGACAGCAACUGGAUUGUCGCCAACUGCAGCACGCCGGCUAACUAUUUCCACAUUCUACGACGGCAGAUUGCACUGCCGUUCAGAAAGCCGUUGAUCCUAAUGACACCGAAAUCGCUGCUCCGUCAUCCAGAGGCUAAAUCCAACUUUGACUUGAUGCUGGAGGACACACAGUUCCUCAGAGUGAUACCAGAGGAGGGCGUGGCUGCUCAGAAUCCCGACAGUGUCAAGAGAGUGCUGUUCUGCUCCGGAAAGGUUUACUAUGACAUUAAGAAAGCUCGCACGGAACGAAAAUUGGAAGACAAGAUCGCGAUCGCCAGAGUGGAACAGAUCUCGCCCUUCCCUUAUGAUCUCGUUAAGAAGGAGGCAGCUAAGUAUCCCAAUGCGGAAUUAGUGUGGGCUCAGGAGGAACACAAGAACCAAGGCGCGUGGACCUAUGUGCAGCCUAGGUUCCACACAGCACUCAACGGCGUCCGAAACGUACUUCGUGCGUCAGAGACGAAUGAGAGUGGUCGAGGGUGGUUUGCCGGUUUGCUUUCGUCAUCCAAACCGACCAAAACCACAACAGUAUCAGAGCCACAGUCAACGGAAUCUGCUGAAUCUGCUGAAUCUGCUGAACCGAAACAGAGAAUAGUGAGAUAUGCUGGACGACCCACUGCAUCGUCGCCCUCCACCGGCAGCAAAAUGCAGCACCUCAAAGAGCUCAAGCAACUGCUCGACGACUCCCUCAAUCUUUAAUGAUCCCUCAUAGCGUUAUAUGUAGAAUUGAAAGUUUAUUUAUUUUUCUCAUAUCUCAAUGUAUCUGUUACAUUACAUCUUUGUGCUCUUCUCGACGUAGAUUACACAACAGAGACAACACUGUAGUUGUUUAAACAAUUUCUUCACAAUAGCAUCUUUUACGUUUAAAUGCGCACGAAUGUUUCAUGCUCGUUCGUCCGAAAUGCAUUCUUUCUUUUUUUAUUGGGAGGAUUUAUGUACAUAAGAUAAGUGCCACGGGUUCAGAAAUUCAAGUAGUUGAAGAUUAACUGUUGGUUCAAUGGUGGUCGGUCUAUUACUCUUGAAAUAAUUCGUUCCUAUGUGCAUUUUGUUUUUUUAUUUAUACUUAAAAGUGUAGUUUGCAUUUUACAUUUUUUUUUUAGUAGUACGCUCUGCUCAAGUGCUCUUGGUGUAUCAAAUUUAUAUUUUAAUAUAUCUUUAUGACGAACAAGACUAGUCCGCUGAUUAAUGUGAAUAUGAAAUAUUCGUGCGUCAAUCAUCCUCUGUACUUCAUUUUGUUUGUACUUUAUUCUAAAUUAAUUUAAUAAUAUGAUGUGAAAAGGGAAAGUAUUAUUAAUUUAUGCAAUGUACACAGCGCGUAGCAUUUUGACGCGUGGCAACGAUCCCGAAAUACACUCCCGACCGAAGAAACUGUCCAUGGCAAAGGGCUAUGAAGUAUACAUGGUAGAUUAUUUUCUUCUAAUUUAUUGAUAUACCAUGAAAAAACGGUUGCCAAUCACUUUAACUUUUUAUCGUCGCUGUAUUCUUAUAAAAAAUUAAAUGAUUGGCGGUUAUACAGCAUUUUCUCAAUACAGACGUUUGAUGUAGCACUAUUCCUUGAGCGCUGUAUCUCGCGGCCUUGGUUGCGCCCGCAUGAUGAUCGAGUACACACCGAUGUGUGUCCGAGUUUGCAAUUUUCACUGCAAAGCGUGUCACGAUCGAGGCCUUAGUGCUACCCCGUGGACAGUGUCGGCGUACACUUCGGCUCGGUGACGAGUGUUGAGAGUAGAAGACAAAUUUAGUAAUAUUUAGUAGUAUUUAGAAGAUAAUUUUAAUGAUAAUUUAGCCGGGGCAGCCAUGGCUCGUGUAAGCCGCUGCGUAGUGUACGAAGGUGCAUACAUGUACACAGUAUUUAUAUUCUUCUAUCUGUAUUUAAAGAUGGGACGCACGAACGAAGAGAUUUUGAGAAGAAAACAUUGCUACGUGUUUUACCGCAAGAAAGUACGUAUCGUGGUAUACGUUUUGUAUGCCGGGGAGAGCGAUGAGAAAGCAGUCUUAUUAUUUUACUGGAUGCAUAUGAAACUGGAUGGUUAUGUGAUAUAUCUCGUGAUUUAGCGCGAUAUUAUUUUUAGACAAUUCGAAACCGCAAUACCUACCUACCUAUCGUUCCACACUUAUCCUCUUUAUUCGUUGUAUCAUCAUAUGUGUAGUGUAAUAAUAAUACGAGCGCACGUGUGCGAAUGCUAAAAAAAAACAAAAAAAAAACAUUUCUUUCCUCAGAUGAGUGAUGUCUGACGCUUUAAAAUUUUAUUUAACAAAAAAAAA